AUGCUUACUAGUGUUUGGAGAUGGGUUAGCAGACAGAAUACUGCACAGGAGGAUUUGAAAAUGUUUUUUGAAGAGACAACAAAUAUGUGCUUUGACGAGUGUGUAAAAGCCUCCAAAUAUCAGUUUAUGGGAAAACCGGCAGGUAGUCUAUCGAAAAAAGAACAGGCAUGUGUAAAAAGCUGCACACUUAAGAAAAUAAAGCUAUUUCUUGAGGUAGAGGAUGCUAUAUUAAAGAAAGUUCACCCCAUUAAAUAA